AUGGAGGUUCUCUACUCGAAGCUCUACGAUAAGUACACUCAAUUGAAGGCAAAAAGAUUGACUGAACUGGAUGAGGUCAAUAAAGAUCAAGAAGUGAAAUUUGUGAACUAUGUAGCUGCGGCAGAGGAGUUAAUUCAACACUUGAAGGAUGAAAACAAAAAAUUGCAUUCUCAAGUUAAUGAAUUGAGAAGCGAAGUUGCCUUGACUAGGGUUUCUCAGGAUGAGCAGUGUGCUAUGUAUCAGAAACUGUGGAUGGAAGAAAGCCGGAGGAAUAAAGUGCUUUUGGAAGAGGUUGAGAGGCUGAAAAAGCUGCAGCAGGACAAUGCUCUUAGCAGUCAAAAAGACGGAAAUAACAGAGAGAUGAGUACACCUAGAGACGAUAAAAUUGUAUCACAGGAAUUAUAUGAUAGCUCAUCCGGAACAAUGACAAGUAAACGCAGGAGGUGUUCUGAAACUGAAACGGGCAUGGCCAGACCUUGUGGCAGUGGUCAAGACAACGCUAUCCUAAUAGCAUCAGCGAGCUUGAACAAGGAAGGUUUGACUAGUUCGGCUCAUGUGAGCAUUCAACAGCCAGAAUGCUGUAGAAGAGCUAUUGACAGAACAAGUGAUGGUUUACAUGACAAUGACACUGCCAACUGUCUGUUUCAAGCCCUUGUUGAGUACUUGGUGGGCUUGAAAUUCUCUGUCGUUACUCAAAAUGAAGGAAUAUGCAUAUCGGCUGAGCACCAAUCAAGUGGUUACUCCUUCAGCCUGACGUGGGUAGAGAAGGAACAUGGAAAAGAAGUAGAACUGCUAUACCAUGUCUUAUCGCUAGGAACAUUAGAGCGGAUAGCCCCACAGUGGAUGAAGGAGGCCAUCAUGUUCAGCACAACCAUGUGCCCGAUCUUCUUCGAAAGGGUAUCCUGUGUCGUGAAGCUCUUCUCGUAGACUUUUCUCUUUACUUCUCAAGUUGUAUAUUGCUGUUCUUAUGAAUAUGAUUUAACCUUGAUUCUUUGUAAAUUGAACUGCUUGUCUUCGGGUUUGAAACCACUACGAUAAAGAUGAUCUUGCAAGGCGGAGGCAAUAUGAAGAAUAAUUUCCUUUAGGAAAACAUGUCUUGCAAUGUCUGAUUCCGAUUUGAAGUGGCGUGCUUUUUUAUGGAAAUGGGUUUGGAAUUAGGGGCAAUUGCAUUCCUUUCAUUGUUAAAUUAAUCACGUGUAUUCUUGUUUAUGUAAAGCUAGAACAGAAGCUCAACUUUUAGUUGCAAUUUCAGUUUCCUCUAUUAGUUAGUGCGGCUCUCGUUUAGGUUUUGUUUGCUAUUGUUAUAUUUGAAA